CUUGGCAGUUAAUGGCGGGACUAAGUGGUACACAGAUCCCUGAUGGGGAGUUUACCACGACCGUGUACCGCCUCAUACGCGAUUCCCGCUACACCGAAGCCGUACAACUCCUGGGAGGAGAGCUCCAACGUUGCCCAAGGAGCCGCGCCGGCCUUUCGCUGCUGGGCUACUGCUACUACCGCCUGCAGGAGUUCGUGCUGGCGGCCGAGUGCUAUGAGCAACUGGGCCAGCUGCACCCGGAACUCGAGCAGUACCGCCUGUACCAGGCCCAGGCCCUGUACAAGGCCUGCCUUUACCCAGAGGCCACCCGGGUUGCCUUCCUUCUCCUGGACAACCCCACAUACCACAGUCGGGUCCUCCGGCUUCAAGCUGCAAUCAAGUACAGCGAGGGCGACCUGCCCGGGGCCCGGAGCCUGGUGGAACAGUUGCUGAGUGGGGAAGGAGGGGACGACAGUGCGGGUGAGCGUGAGCCUGAUAGCCAGGUCAACCUGGGUUGUUUGCUCUACAAGGAGGGGCAUUAUGAAGCCGCGUGUUCCAAGUUCUCUGCGGCUCUGCAGGCCUCGGGUUACCGACCUGACCUUUCCUACAACUUGGCUUUGGCUCAUUACAGCAGCAGGCACUAUGCCCCAGCUCUGAGACAUAUCGCCGACAUUAUUGAGCGAGGCAUACGCCAGCACCCAGAGCUAGGUGUAGGCAUGACCACGGAAGGCAUUGAUGUUCGCAGUGUUGGCAACACCUUAGUCCUUCACCAGACUGCUCUGGUGGAAGCCUUCAACCUCAAGGCAGCUAUAGAAUACCAGCUAAAAAACCAUGAGGCAGCCCAGGAAGCCCUCACUGAUAUGCCACCAAGGUCAGAGGAGGAGUUAGACCCUGUGACCUUACACAACCAAGCGCUAAUGAACAUGGACAACAGACCUACAGAAGGAUUUGAAAAGCUACAGUUUUUGCUCCAACAGAAUCCCUUUCCCCCAGAGACUUUUGGCAACCUGUUGUUGCUCUACUGUAAGUAUGAAUAUUUCGACCUGGCAGCAGAUGUCCUGGCAGAAAAUGCCCAUUUGACUUAUAAGUUCCUCACACCCUAUCUCUAUGACUUCUUAGAUGCCAUGAUCACUUGCCAGACUGCUCCUGAUGAGGCUUUCAUUAAGCUUGAUGGGUUAGCUGGGAUGCUGACAGAGCACCUCCGGAAACUCACCAUUCAAGUGCAGGAAGCAAGACACAAUAGAGAUGAUGAAGCUGUCAAAAAGGCAGUAAAUGAGUAUGAUGAGACCCUUGAGAAGUAUAUUCCCGUGUUGAUGGCCCAAGCAAAAAUCUACUGGAACCUUGAAAAUUAUUCAAUGGUGGAAAAGAUCUUCCGCAAAUCUGUGGAAUUCUGUAAUGACCAUGAUGUGUGGAAGUUGAAUGUGGCUCAUGUUCUGUUCAUGCAGGAAAACAAAUACAAAGAAGCAAUAGGUUUUUAUGAGCCCAUUGUCAAGAAGCAUUAUGAUAACAUCCUGAAUGUCAGUGCUAUUGUAUUAGCUAACCUCUGUGUUUCAUAUAUUAUGACGAGUCAAAAUGAAGAAGCUGAGGAGUUGAUGAGGAAGAUUGAAAAGGAGGAAGAGCAGCUCUCCUAUGAAGACCCAGAUAAAAAAAUCUACCAUUUGUGUAUUGUCAACUUGGUGAUAGGAACACUUUAUUGUGCCAAAGGAAAUUAUGACUUUGGUAUUUCUCGAGUUAUCAAAAGCUUGGAACCUUAUAAUAAAAAACUGGGGACUGAUACUUGGUAUUAUGCCAAAAGAUGCUUCCUGUCUUUAUUAGAAAACAUGUCAAAACACACGAUCAUGUUACGUGACAGUGUUGUUCAAGAAUGUGUCCAGUUUCUGGAACACUGUGAACUUUAUGGCAGGAAUAUACCUGCAGUUAUUGAACAACCCCUGGAAGAAGAAAGAAUGCAUAUUGGAAAGAAUACAGUCACAUAUGAAUCGAGACAGUUAAGAGCUUUGAUUUAUGAGAUUAUUGGAUGGAAUAUGUAGUUAUGGCUGAUAAUGGCUUUUAUCAUAAUGGCUUUGUUAUCUAUAUUUGGUACUUUAUUUGUAUUUAGCCUUUGGCACCUUUAGAUUUGUUACAUGUUGACCUUUGUAAACUUUAAAAAUGUAGUAAGUAGAUAAACUUUUCAUAAUCCCACAACAUGUGUAUGAUAAAAGAAAUUUUAACCCCUAAACAAUUUGUGAAAAUAUUAAAAACUGAUAGGGGAAGCUGUGUCCAGUAGAACUUAUA